UCCUGUGUGCAGUCACACUGCUGUUUAUUUAUGUUUAGUCGCUUCUGUCGAAAAUUAUUGCAUAUUUAGUUUAAUCAAGUUACAAGUGUAAUUUGAAAACAAAUACAGCUGCAACAAUAAACGAACUAAUAUCGGAUCAAGAAUAUCAGAACGUUUAUUCGGCAACAGUAGCGGUAGUAUCGCGACAUUUGCAGCACCAUUAAAUGACCGUGUGUGUUUUCUAGUCUGCUGAGACCCAGAAAUAGAAAUUCUCUUGGCCAAACCAAAAAGGCAUUUUGUGUAUUAUAUAUAUGCUAUACAUAUGUAUGUAUUUACAUAUGUGUAUAGUGAGUGAAAGCGCGUGUUUUAGUCAUAUUUAUGCGCGUGCCUAGGCAAAUGUGCUCCGGCGGCGACAACAGCAGCCGCGCUAGUUAAAAGUAAAAAAAAAUAGCAAAAAAAGUUGUGCGGGAGCAAGCAGUCUAAGGGAAGAGGGCUUCACCUCAUUACUCAUCCGUCUAUUUUGUGCGUGCAAAAAAACGACAAGCGAAACAGGAACAACGAUUACACACAACGAACGACGACAAGCAGCAUAGGCGCAACAAAUGUUUGUUAAAACGUAACAAAGCUGAAGGAAAUUUGAGAGCAGGAUUUUGGUAGGGAGUUGGCUGGACUUGCAAGCGAAAUGGAACAACCAUUGAUUGUGAGAGCCGAAUACUCGUUUAUGGGCAGCAACAACGAUGAGCUGUGCUUCAAGAAGGGUGACCUAAUCACGGUGACACAGCGCGAGGAUGGCGGCUGGUGGGAGGGCACACUGAACGAUAAGACUGGCUGGUUUCCCAGCAACUAUGUGAACGAGUACAAGGCCCAAUUGCCGCUGGCCGAGACCAUACGACCGCCCGAGGAAAUACAGGAGUACCGUUCCGUGGUACUCAAGGAUCUGCUCGAUUCGGAGCGAGCGCAUGUGGCCGAGCUUCAAGGACUGCUCGAGAAUUUCCUUGAACCCAUGCAGCAGACGCAAAUACUCAGCCAGGAUGAGUACGCGCAGCUAAUGUGUAACUUUGUGGAGGUGGUGCACACGCACGAGGAGCUGCUCACACAGAUUGAGGAGUGCAACGAUCGUGUGGGUAAACUAUUUCUAACCAGUGCGCCGCUUAUGAAAAAAAUGCACCAGGCCUACUGUGCAGCACAUCCCAAGGCCAUAGUUAUACUGGAUAAGUAUAAGGACGAAUUGGAGAAGUAUAUGGAGCGUCAGGGCGCUGCCUCGCCGGGUCUGUUAGUAUUAACUACCGGGCUUUCUAAGCCGUUUCGCCGCCUGGACAAGUAUUCGGCCAUGCUGCAGGAGCUGGAACGUCACAUGGAGAGCAGCCAUCCGGAUCGCGGCGAUACACAGCGCAGCGUAGCUGUCUACAAGGAUAUUGCGGCCACCUGUUCGGCAACGCGUCGUCAAAAGGAGCUCGAGCUGCAGGUGCUGACGGGGCCGGUGCGCAACUGGCAGGGUCAGGAGCUGAGCACACUGGGCGACAUCAUACACAUGGGCAGCGUGGCUGUAGGCCCAGAUCAUCGCGAUCGCUACUUUGUGUUAUUUCCACAAACGCUGCUCAUACUAAGCGUGAGCCAGCGCAUGAGCGCCUUCAUCUAUGAGGGUAAAUUGCCAUUGACGGGCAUCAUUGUGAAUCGCCUGGAGGAUACGGAUGCCAUCAAAAAUGCCUUCGAGAUAAGCAGUCCACUAAUCGAUCGCAUUGUGGCCGUUUGUCAGGGUCCCAAUGAGGCCAACAAGUGGGUCGAGCUGCUCAAUGCCAACAAUCCCAGUCUGCCCAUGGGCAUAAAGCGUCAGCUGAGCAAUCUAAGCAACUCCUCGCUGGGCGGUCAGCAGCUGAAUGCAUCGCAUCUCAAUCAGCAUCUGGAUGCGCGCGGCUAUUGCACACGUUUCUCGCUGUGCGCCUACUACAGUCAGCCGUUGCAGCAUGCCCCACUCCGGCUCACCUUGCCGCCCAGCAGUUAUCCACCGACGGCUCCGUAUACCAAUCUCAGUGCGCAUUUCGCACGACUCGUCAAAGCGGGACGCCUGCGCAGCGCGAUAGUUAAGAUGCUUCUCUAUCCACAGGCGAGGCAGAGCAUCGAUCUCAAGCGGAUUGCAUUGCGCAAAAAGCGCUGUCACAAAGCUGCCAAGUUGCUCAAAGAUAUCAAUGCCAAUAGGCAGGAGUCAAUAAUGUCCUCGUCGGAGCUGGAGCGUCAGGACGCCUUCGAGCUGCCCACAGAUUCAGAGAGCUAUGACGAUGAGUAUGACAAUGACUAUUUGCACAGCUGUGACUCGGAUCCGUUUGAAUAUGUGCGCUUCUAUCAGCACAGACCUGUUGAAUCCACAUGCAAUUCCACGGGCACUUUUGUGAAGCAUGCACAGCGGCACAGCUCGUCCAUAAAUUUAAUCAAACUAGAUUCCGUUGAUGCGGAUGAGCUGCUGGUGCAGCAUGAGCUUAAGAAGGAGUCGCUUGUGAUUGGUUCCAAGGCGUUGCGUGCGCUGGCACGCAAAUCCACUGAACGCAACUCCAGCGUACAUACGUCAACGGCUACCAUCAACUUGGGUGGCUCCAGCAUAACCAACUGCUUAGAAGAGGAGGUGGAGGAGGAGCUGGAGCAGCUUGUCGAGCCGCUUUCACAACCUUCAACUCUACAGCAACAAAGCUCCGAUGCGAGCUCGUUGUAUGGCGCUCGUUUGGGUGGCGCUUUUAUGGCAUGUGAAAAUUUGGCCAGCAUUCAUGAUGAUCUCAGCCAGGAGAAGGCGAAGCCACAAGCCGUUACUGCCCAGCUGCCCGGCUCACCCACCGAACGGCACAGCAUGCCCAGCAUAUUUGUGGGCAAUCGCUUCAAUCGUUGCGCCGAUACUGAGGUCUAUGUGCCCACCUGGCGGGAACGCCAGCAGCAGCAGCAGAAUCAAAGCGUGGAUGCCCCUCUGCUCGACGAGGAGGAUGAGUGCGUGCACUCCAGCACAAUGGACUUACCAGCUGCAUGCCUAGCUGCGCCAGAUCAGCUACAGGCGGAACUCCUGUAUAACUACGACCAGGCGGUCGAGCAGCGCGCAUCGCAUAAAAGCGACAGCCCCAGCACGGGCAAUCCACGUAGUGAGCCGCCAGCGGUACGCAGCAACUCUAACAACGAGCUGUGCAUCGAAGCCAAUCGACCAGAGGUCAAACGGGAUUCCAUUAGACGCUGCAUCAGCUAUCAAUUCCUGCAGAUGAACAAUCGUUCAGCUGUACCGCCUCCACCGCCGCCAGCACCGCCGGGUGCUGGACGACGGGAUCAGCAGCCGGCGCUGCAUAGUCAGUGCAAGUGCAGAUGCUGUGAGAGUUCGCAGUGUCCCAGUCCGCGUUCCAGUGAUAGCGGCAUGGCAGGCAGCUGCACGAUAGCCUCACCGGAUCCGCCCAAUGUCGAGUGCUGCGGCGUGGAUGUGCUCGAUAAUGUGGAGCCAGAGCCGCGUUUUGAUGUGUGUGGUAUGUUUCGUGAAAAGUUUCUAACGCCUGAGCAAACGCAGGAGGAGCAGAAGGAAGAGGAGUCACAGAAUGAACCGAAGCCGGAGCCAGCGCUGGACUCGCCAACCGCGCCCACCAAUCAAUCGGGUGCACAAUUCCAAAUCAAUACAAAAAGUAUUUUUCUGGCCUCCAGCUCCAUGGAUGAAGCCGCGCCCAUAGCCACAGCGAAUGGUCUAAAAUUUAGCGGCAGCUGCUCCGCAGAUCAGCUGCACAUGGACCCUCGGCCCACCUUUCGAUCGGGCAUGUAUGCGCACUGGUGGAAGAAGGAACGCCUGCCGCCGGAGGUGCUGCGCGGCAUAGCGAGCGCAUACAAUAAGCGUCUGCCCUCGGUGACGGCCAGCGGCAGCAAGGAUUCCAACUGCUCUACCAACUCCAUCUGCUCCAGCUGCUAUUGCUCGCUGGGAGCGAGCGGCUUCAGCGAGGGCGCCAGCUACUGUGCCCUUUGUGACAAUUGUGGUGAAUAUGCGGGCAGCAGCACUGGCACCACCAAUACAACCACCACAACCGCCUCGAUCUGCUCCAAUUGUCCGGUGUGCAGCGAGGAUAUGGAUCUCAAUCCAACUGGAGCUCAGCGACGACGGGAAGCCUUCACUGCGGCGAAGCCAUCAUAUUCGUUGUCGCUCGAUUGUCCCAUUUGUGCGGCACGCGUAGCUUUAGCAACCGAAGAAGAUGUCUCCUCCAUCGACGCACAGCCUGUUGCUGCCGCCCGGCAGUCGCAAUCAGACGCCCAGCAGCAUCAGCAACAGCAGCUGCAACAACAUCAACAACAACAACAGCGGCAACAGCAACAGCAACAGCCAGCAACAGUUGGCGGGCUCGGCGGCAGCAUCGGCAGCAGCCACAGCGAUGUCACAACACAAACGGAGCCUCUCGUUCAAUCAUCAUCUGAGCUACAACCAGUACACGCACACUCAGCCUCCACAACAUCAUCUGCAUCCACCACAACCACCAAGUCUACCAAGUCAUCUGGGGCAGUUAAGCCACAAAUCAAAUUUAGUCCAGACACCAAGCAGCAAGACAGCAGCGGGCACGGAAGCAAGCCAAGCGGCCAUCCAAGCAGCGGUAGCGGCAGCAGCAGCAGCGGCAGUGGCAACGGCGGCGCCAAACGCAAAGAAAGGAAGCACAAAGGCUAACUGGACCAUCAGCUGUUUGCGUCCGACGCCGCCGUUGCGGCCAAGCUUGUUAAACACAAUCAGCGGCUCCAAUUCCGG